GGUCAUCGCCUACGUGAUUAUUUACUGAUGAACGGUGGCGGCCGCAAACUUAGCAUCAUUGCGUUUUCGUUCUUGGUGGCCAUUCUUUAACCACACUUCCUCCCCCCCCUCAUAAAACAAAUGUUUUCCACACUCCAAACCAUUAGAUGUCCCGCAAAAGUAAAUUGUCCUUGGUUUAUUCACGUCUCAGCUGCGUGAUGUUUGGUGCGGUUACGUAAAUACUUCAAAAUAUUCCCACAGUCUUGUUAUCGUGUUUACAUAACGUGCACAAUAAGUAACAGUCGCCAAGCGCUGCUCGCACUUGCUAAUUGACCUUGCUGCGUGUCGAGUCCGCUGCUUCUCAGCCACGCUGAUUUUCGUUGGAAGCCAUGGCCACACGGUGGGGGAUCGCGAGCGCGGGCAAGAUCAGCAACGACUUCGUGGCGGCGCUGAGCGCGCUGCCCUCGAGCGAGCACCAGGUGGUGGCCGUGGCCGCCCAGCAGCUGGACCGCGCCAAGGACUUCGCCAAGCUGCACGGCAUCCCCACCGCGUACGGCUCGUACGAGGAGCUGGCGAAGGACUCCAACGUUGACGUGGUGUACGUGGGCACCAUCCACCCGUUUCACCACCAGCUGGGCAAGAUGAUGCUGGGCGCGGGCAAGCCGGUGCUCAUCGAGAAGCCCCUGACCUUGAACCUGAAGCAGACGCGCGAGCUGGUGGAGCUGGCCCGCUCCAGGAAGCUGUUCCUCAUGGAGGCCGUGUGGUCGCGCUGCUUCCCCGCGUACCGGCAGCUGCGCGAGGAGAUCACGUCCGGCCGCCUGGGGGACAUCGUCCAGGUGGUGUGCAACUUCGGCAUCCCCAUCGAGGACGUCGACCGGAUCAAGCUGAAGGAGCUGGGCGGGGGCUCCAUCCUGGACCUGGGCAUCUACCCCCUGCAGUUCGCGCUGAUGGCGCUGGGCCCGCGGCUGCCCCAGCAGGUCAAGACCGUGGGCUCGCUGAGCGCCGAGGGAGUGGACACCAACAUGGCCACCCUGCUGAGCUACGAGGGUGGCCAGGUGGCCAUGCUGGGCUCGCACGCCAGGGCCAAGUUCCCCAACGACGCCCUGGUCGUGGGCACCAAGGGAUACGCGCGGGUGGAGGAACCGUUCUGGUGCCCCACCAAGCUGGUCACGCCGAGCAAGACCUACGAGUUCCCGCUGCCGCAGAUCACGAGGAGGAUCAACUUCCCGAACAGCGAGGGCAUGAGCUACGAGGCGGCGGAGGUGCGGCGCUGCUUGAAGCAAGGCCUGAUCGAGAGCCCUCUGAUCACGCACAAGGAGAGCCUGAUCCUGGCGGAGCUGGAAGACCGGCUGAGAGCGGACAUCGGAGUGCGCUACCCUCAAGACGACGACUAGGUGUCGCCCCCCUGGACAGAACCAGGCACGGUCACUUUGGUGCUCAAGUGUUGCGGAGAAUGCUUUUUGCAGUACUUUUGUAAUUUGGGGGACCCAAGCACGUACAAUUAUGCAUUAGUAUUGUACGUAUUGUUAUACAGGAAAAAGCAUAUGAAUCAAAACAUUCUUGUAGGCAAAACGUUUUUUUUGUGCUUAUUGUUUGGUUACACUGUUACGGCUUUCGUGUAAAAAAAAAAAUAGACAAUAUUGUUAGGUAUCGUUUACAACACUUCACAAAUGGUUCAAACUUAAAAUAAUAAUCAUUUUAUUUUUUCUUAGAUGGGCACUUCACAAUCUUGAAGGCAGGAAAAAUAAAAUGCGAGGAAUUGACAUUUCUUCUUGUAACAUUCUCAACGUUUGUGCCUUAAUGUAAAUUUUCUCAUCAAGAAAUUGGUACUUAGCUAGAUUCAGUGUUUCCUCCUGGUCUUCCUAGUUGUGUGAAUAGACUGGUCACAAGUCCUUCCAGGCAUACAAGUAUGCGAGUGACAUCUUUUCACAAUGGGUGUCAUCUUUGAUUCUGUAUGGGACUUGUAACCAUACAAAUGAGUGGUGAAUAUUUUAUUUUCGAAAUAACCAAAAAUAUUCCAGUGCACAUCUUGAUGCAAGAUAUUAACUUUCUUUCUUUUCGAAAGAACAUGAAAGUGCGGCUAACUCAGAAUUUUUUUUUUUUAAUUAGAUUUGUACCACUAAAGAAAUACCUUCAGUUGUCCUUUUAGUUUAUAAAUCUUAAUUUUAAUAGUUAAUGAAGUGCAUUUUGGAGCAGCCUGUCCAUUUCAAACCAAAUAAGUAAAUAUAGUUUGUUUUGUGUAAAAUAUUUCAAGGGAAAUAAAAGUGUGAAACGCUAAAUUAAAUUCAGUUCCAAUUGUAGACUCAAGGACUGAAGUAAAAAAAAAAUAAUAACAAUUCAAGGGGGACCAGAUAUAUAUUAUCCAACAAUAAAUUUACCAAACAGGAACAUUUUGGUAAGAUUUUAUGUACAAUCAUUGUUGAUUUUAUAAUUGGCUGGAUAUUUUUCAGGCCAAAUAUUUUCUGAUCAUAUUAGUAGAGUAAUUAAUUUUUCUUCAUCAUAAUCAUUGUAAUUGUUUGUUAUAAUUUGUUAGAUUUUUUUUUAAUGAAUAUUGUAGCUGUUGGUAUACGUAGUUUGUUUUAUUAAGGUUUAUUAUGAGAGAUAUUUACUAUAUUUUCUCUUGAUUCUGAGCUUUACCAUAUUUUACUAUUGUGGAGUCAAAAAAAUGUAGCAUGAACUGUUGGUAGUGAACAUGUUAAUAAACUUGACAUAAUUUUC